GGACGUUCCUGUGGUUCUCACGGGUGAUUUGAACUGUACCUCUUUUGGUCGCUUGAGGGGCAUAGCGAACACGCUGAGCCUGAUGAAUCGGGAGGUGGUUCUUCACCCCUUUACCUUUGACUGUGCAGAUGUGCCCACAGGCGUCACCUCAGUGACCAUGGCUAGAUGUAUGCGAAUUGAUGCGAUUCUGUAUCAAUCCCAGCGCUUAGAACUGGUUGACGUUCAGGAGAUCCCCGACUUGACGCCGCACCUGCCCAUCCCCAACGCGCAGCAACCGUCAGAUCACGUUCCCAUCGUGGCGCAAUUUCGCACCAGAUCCCAGCAUCACACGAUGCGUGAGGUGGCCAAAGAAUGGUUCUUGAGCCUUGCGGGCAAGGAAGCCCAGGUGCCGCUGAACCAGCAUCAGUUGGAGUGCGCCUUUAAGCUCUAUGACCAUGAUGGCACGGGCAGCAUCAGCCAGCCCAACCUGCGCAAGGUCUUGGCGUCGCUCUUCGGUAUUUUACCAGAUCGCUGCGAGACCGUAUGUGCAAGUUGCUUUGCAGAUCGCACUGAGCUGACGUGUCAAAACUUUAUUUCUUUGUACCUUAAGUCGGUGAAGGCCGCGGGACUGCCUGGACUGGAAGAUCUCCGCGAUGCCUUUGACCUCUUUGACAGCGAUAAGAAUGGCAGCUUGGACUUGUCUGAGCUUCUGCAUGCCUUCGAACAAUGUGCUCCUAGCACGGUGCCUAGAGAUCGAAUAGAAGAGGUGUUUCAUAUCAUCGAUGCAAACGGUGAUGGAACCAUUGAUUUGGAUGAGAUGAUUCGGUAUUUGGCCAAGUCGUGGACAGAUGGCUUCAACUUAGCUCGCUAGUCGCAACCCUUGGGGUCAGCUGCCAUAGGGCAGAGGCCGCCCACAUUUUUGUUGCGGCUGGGGCCAUCUUUGGCCUAAGUCAUUCAUGCUGGAGAUGGGGAUGCGUCCAAAAGAGCUCGCACAAAUUCGUGCGCGAGGAUGAAACAACACCCUGCGGAUGU